AUGGACGUCAACGCUAAAAUUUUAGUUGUGGGCGAUGUGCGCGGUCGCUUCAAGCAGCUUUUUAGCAGAGUGGAGCAGGUCAACAAAAAAGCCGGACCAUUUGAGAUUUUGUGCUGUGUCGGCGACUUUUUUGGCGCCGAAAAACAAAACGAAGAUCUGAUUGCCUAUAAAAAUGGAUUCAAGCACAUUACGGUUCCCACUUACAUACUGGGACCCAAUAAGGAGGAAGACAGGCAGCACUACAAGGAUUUGGUGGACGGCGAAGUCUGCACGAAUCUGACCUAUCUGGGCAAGCGUGGAGUUUAUACGCUGACGAGCGGUGUCAAAAUAGCCUAUUUGAGUGGCGUGGAGGCAGCAGGCAAUGUGGCUGGCGAGCAUGAGUUCAACAAAGCCGAUGUGCAGGCUGUGCGCAACUCCUGCCUGGUCUCAAAAAACUGUGCGACGGACUACAGAGGUGUCGAUGUGCUGCUGACGUCCCAAUGGCCCUACGGCCUGCAGGAGGGGGAGAACGCAAAGGCUUCCAAGUUGAUCUCGUUUCUGUGCCGCGAGAUCAAACCACGUUAUCAUUUCUGCGCCAUCAAUGGCACCUACUAUGAGAGUCCGCCGUUUCGCAUACCCAAAGAUGAGACCACACAGUUCGAGCUGUGCACGCGGUUUAUCUCGCUGGCGGAUGUCGGCAACGCCGCAAAGGCCAAAUAUAUAUAUGCGCUCAGCCUGAAGCCUGUGGAUAAGGCGCGUUUACUAGAUCUCGUGCAGAAGACGACCAACGAAAUACCCUGCCCCUUUAUUGGCCUGGACAUGGUUGGCAUUGUAAACAAAAAUGAGACGUCGGAAAGUCGACAGUACUUUUAUGACAUGGACUCGAGCGGUAAUCGCAAGCGGCACAGCGAGGGUGGAAAUCGCGAUAAGCGGCCACGGAUAAUGCAAAUUGAUCAGGACAAUUGCUGGUUCUGCUUGUCCUCGGAGAAGGUGGAGAAGCAUCUGAUUAUCACAGUAGGCGAGCGUUUUUAUCUGGCCUUGGCCAAAGGACCUAUUAAUAGCCAUCAUGUCUUGAUAUUGUCCACCAAACAUAUACCCUGCGCAGCACAAUUGAGCACUGAGGAUUGGGAAGAGCUGGAUAAAUUCAAGACAGCAUUGCGCAAGCUCUUCAAGAGUCUGGGACAAGUUGUGUGCUUUACGGAGCGUCAUUACAAGACCUCACAUCUGAUUAUCGAUGCCGUGGCCUUUGAGGAGGGCUAUUCGUGGAAGAUAAAACACAGUUUUGAAGACAAAGCUGAGGAGUUUAAGUUAGAAUUUGAGACGUUGCCGGCCUUGACUUCAGCAAAAAUGUUGCCAGAAAUGGGUCCAUAUUUUCUAGCAGAACUGCCCGACGACAGCACAUUGAUAACGCGACAAAUGAAACAUUUUCCGCUGCACUUCGCUAGGGACGUUUUCUGUUCGGAGAAUUUGUUGAAUUGUGACGAGAAGGUCAACUGGAAGGAUUGUCUGCUGGACAAUGAGGAGGAGAAAGCUAAUGUCGAGGAAUUUCGUAAGCUAUUCGCACCCUUCGAUUUUACAGAUGAUUGAUUAAAAGUGACGAAC